AUGGCCGGGACAGCCACCUGCAUGGCCCUCGCCGUUCUUCUCCACGUCGCCACCGUCGUCUUCCUCGUGGCCGUCCGCCUGGGGCGGCGAACACCGCGGGAUGGGUCGCUCCCGCUGCUCGGCCACUUCCACCUCCUCAGGAAGCCGUACCACGUCACCCUGGCGGCGCUCGGCACGGCGCCGCUCGUGACGCUGCGCCUGGGCGCGCGCCGCACGCUGCUCGUGUCGACGUACGCCGCCGCCGAGGAGUGCUUCACCACGCACGACGUCGCGCUCGCCGGCCGCCCGCAGCUGCUGGCCGGGAAGCACGUCGGGUACGGGCACACCACGCUCGUGUGGCUCCACUACGGCGACCGGUGGCGCAACCUCCGCCGCGUCCUCGUCGUCGAGCUCUUCUCCGCGGCCCGCCUCGCCGCGCUCGCCGCCGACCGCCGCGCCGAGGCCGUGUCCCUCGUCAGGAACAUCCUCCGCGACGUUUCCGGCGCGCCGCCGUCGCCGUCCUCGUCGUCGUCCUGCACGGUGAUCACGUUCCGCCCCAGGUUCUUCGAGAUGGUGUUCAACGUUCUGAUGCGGUCGCUGACCGCGCACCGCCACGGCGCCGGCGGCGACGUGGCCAGGUUCGAGCACCUCGUCGAGGAGACGUUCGCCGUGAGCGGGACGCUGGGGCUUAGUGACUUCUUCCCGGGGCUCUGGUGGGUCGACCGCCUGCGCGGCGUCGAGGCGAAGACGGCGAAUCUGGCCGCCGCCCAUGACGCCUUCAUCACCGACAUCAUCGACGGCCAUAAGCGCAUGCGCGACGCUGGGGUUGGAGACGGCGGGAAGAGAAGCACCAUUGACGUCCUACUCCGGUUGCAAGAAUCAGACCCAAAGAAUUACACCGACACCGUCAUCAAAGGCCUCGUUCUUAUCAUCCUCGCUGCCGGAACCGACACGACGACGGUGACCACAGAGUGGUUGAUGGCGGCGCUGCUGAAACACCCAGAAGUAUUCCGGCGGGUCAGGGACGAGAUAGACGCCACCGUCGGAACCGGCCGGCUGGUCGAGGAGGCCGACAUCACCAACCUCCCUUACCUCCAGUGCGUCGUCAAGGAGACGCUCCGGCUCUACCCGCCGGCGCCGAUCGUCCCGGCGCACGAGGCCAUGGAGGACUGCACCGUCGGCGGCGUCCACGUCAGGCGCGGCACGAUGGUCGUCGCGAACCUGUACGCGAUCCACCGCGACGCCGAGGUGUGGGACGCGCCGGAGGAGUUCAGGCCGGAGCGGUUCUUGGACGACGUCGGCGGCGCCGCCGCCGCGACGGCCAGGGCCGUGCCCGUGCUGCCCACCCUGCCGUUCGGGAUCGGCCGGCGGCGGUGCCCCGGGGAGGCGAUGGCGACGCGCAUCGUCUUCAUGGCCGUGGCGGCGCUGGUCCAGUGCUUCGACUGGGACGCCGCCGGCGCCAUUGACAUGGCCGAGGGCGACGGUCUGACCGUGCCCAUGGCGACGCCUCUGGCGGCCGCCUGCCGGCCUCGGGAGUUUGUCCAUGGCAUGCUGUCUGCAGCUUCUCUCGACGAGAUGGAGUGA